UCUACGAUGGAUUAGAGCUCUAUAAAAAAUUGAACACGUAUCUCUGUUUUGGGUCCCUGAGCCUACUCUCCUCUUCAGUAUACUACACCAUCGCAUAUAGAGAGCAAGGGUUCAGAAACCUGAAGGAGCAAGCGAACAACAAUGGCUGGAGUUUCUCAAUCUAUGAAUAUUUCUGAUAUCAAGUGUGGCAUUCCCGAAUUAAAGGGUGACAAUUAUAAGGUUUGGAAGGAGAGAGUUCUUCUUCAUUUAGGCUGGAUGGACAUUGACUAUGCUAUUAGGAAACCAGCACCACCGGGUAUUACUGAGACCAGCACUCCAGAUGCAGUUGAUCUUUAUGAAAAAUGGGAGAGGUCAAAUCGUCUCUCUGUGACGUUCAUAAAGACCAACAUUUCUGCUGGAAUUCGGGGUUCUGUUGACCAUCAUGACAAUGUCAAGGAUUUACUAAAGGCUAUUGAUGAACAAUUUACCACAUCUGAUAAAUCUCUUGCCAGCACCCUUAUAAUGCAGUUCUCAUCCUUAAAGCUCACUGGGAUUAAAGGAGUGCGUGAUCAUAUCAUGCGCAUAAGGGAUAUUGUGGCUCAACUGAAAGCUUUAGAGGUUACCAUGUCUGAUUCUUUCCUAGUGCACUAUAUUUUGUGCACCUUGCCUCACCAUUAUGCCCCCUUUAAAAUCUCUUACAACACACAUAAGGAUAAGUGGUCUAUUAAUGAAUUGUUGACCAUGUGUGUUCAAGAAGAGGAAAUGUUAAUGAUGGAAGAAGGAGAGCAGAAUUAG